AUGAAUGGCAUGAACGGCAAUCCACUAUUAGCAUCGAAUGCUGAAGGAACACAAUAUAAGCGUGUGCCAGUCGUUGCAUCAAAUGCUCCUCCCUACCAGACAUCUCUUACUACCCUCGACAACUCAAAGCAAUCCAGCAACCGUCAGCCUUUCUACAAUUCUUACUACUCUGCAACCCGGCCCCAAAGUCCGGUGCUACCUAAGAAGGAUCAUGCGGCGCAGAAUGAGCAAACGGCUCGACGAAGGGCAUCGAACGACAGCAACUCCAUCGCUUCCCACCUUCAAAUACCUGCAUCGAUCAAUGACAGCAAAGGCAGCUUGCCUGAAUUCGCAGCCCAGAUAACCUGCUUUUUCUGGUUCGAGUCCUAUUCUACCCUCCGUUUGGUCGAAGAUGCACCAUAUGUCCCUAACCCAACAGGUCUACUCGUAUCUGAGGCAAUGCCUACCACAGGGUUUCGAAAAUGGGUGACGACCAUCCUUUCGAUGACUCAGGUCUCUCAGAAUGUUAUCCUUCUGGCUUUGAUGUUCAUUUACCGGCUGAAGAAGUUCAAUCCUGGAGUGAAGGGAAAGGUUGGGAGCGAAUUCAGGCUUCUAACCGUUGCAUUGAUGCUAGGAAACAAAUUUCUGGACGACAAUACAUACACCAACAAGACUUGGGCAGAAGUAUCAGGCAUUUCUGUCCAGGAAAUCCACGUUAUGGAGGUGGAGUUCUUGAGCAAUAUGAGAUACACUUUAUUUGCCUCUGAGGAAGAAUGGAAGGCAUGGCAUGUGAAGCUCGGCAACUUCUCUGACUACUAUGACAAGGCAUCUCGUUUCCGAAUUGAGAACAUGGCUCGCAAUAUGCCUCUACCAACGCCCCAGUUCAGUGGACACCCACAUCUUCCAUCGCCCCCAGCGUCACAGAACACUUCGCCGCCGUUCAUGACAAACCCAUCACCAGGGCAUCCAGCACUCCCUCAUCCACUAUCCGUACCUCCAUACCUCGCACCCAACAUACCUUCGCCUGCGUUGCCAAUGCCGGACGUUGACCUGAAACCCUGGUCACGAAAACGAAGCCUUGAAGACCACAGCUUGGAACCACCGGCAAAGAGGCUGUCUUCGUUGAAUCCUUCGGCAGCUUCAAGCACGACUUUGACUCCCUCUACGGUGAAGAACACCACUCCACCUGUACCAAGGCUACCAAUGCCGAAUCUUUCAAUAUCCACAGCAAGCCAGCAUGGCUCGUCCCCAGCACAGCUGCCAAUGCCUUCAGGAAGGGCAAUGUCGACUGUCUUCCCCGGGCCCAAUCGCUGGCCGCAAAAUGGUACGCUGCCGUCACUUCAGUCUUCAACCUACUUUAGCCAGACUGGCAGUGCGAGAAGUGGUUCCCCCUUGACUGGGCAGCCCAAUAGGCAGUCUCCGUACGCCACUGGCCCCUCAACUCCUUCACCAACCUCUUUCCACUUUCCUCAAAAUGCGCAGACGCCAAAUGGUCUCUCACCUUCGGGAUUCCCAGCACCAAGGAGUUCGCCAUACAAACCUAUUCGACGUGUAAAUACGCUAUUGGUUCCACCACCAUCAGCGUCUCUACAAAAUCAACCUCAAAACGUCUCAUACGAUCAAAUGCACUAUCAGCCACUAGGAAAACCUAUCAGCGAGCAGAGACGAGGCGUCUUGCCAUGUCUGCCCUUCGAGACCUGGUCGCAGGCGCAUCACAUGCAUGAUCAGAAUUACCUUCCCCAACCGAAUUUUGCCUCAUAA